AUGAACGACCAACGUAGCUAUGAAGGGCAUAUGGAUUGGGAGUACCACAACAAGGGGCCGGUCGAUGCCACCAGUCCAUUUGCUCAGGCUUCCCAGCGUGGUGCAAAACUCUCUUCCUUCGCCAGUCCCGCACCACCGCAAUUCCCCAGCAUGCGGCCCAAUCCAUUUUCGAAGCCAGACAUUACCAUGACCGACUCUCCCUUCAAGACGCAGGCGCAAAAGCCUACGCAGUCCUCCAUAUUCAAUACUUCGUUCCAGAACCAUCCAAGGGCGACGCCCUUCCGUAAUACCGCUUUUACGACCCCUCAGCGUCGCGUUGACGAGUUGGCUUCGGAGAUGUCAGGCGCCGAGACAAGCCCUGCCCUGACCGACAUGUCAGAAGCUGCUGUGGACGACACUCCGGAACCAGACAACCGUGACGAUUUUGGAAUGAUGACCAUCACGCCCGCAAGGGCCAAGAACCUUUUCGCUGCAUCGCCCACUCGGAGCAAUGCCGCACACAUGUCAGGACGCGGAGAGCUUCCGCGACCCAGGGACGCACGAGCACACGAUAGGGUUAGAAAGCGCAGGAGACAGUUUGGAGACCGGGAUAUUGGUAGUGUUCGGCCACGGCUGCAUGCAGACUCGGACCAGUCCGACAGCGACGUGGAUGAUGAGGAUAGCUCGCGUGAAGGCGGCCGGAGUGGUAACAGCCGCAGGCAGCGGCGGCGUGAUAGUCCUGGAUGGCUGAGCAACUUCCUCACCACCAUACAUGAUCACCCCAAUGCGCCCGUUAUCAUGUCAUGGUGGAUCCAGUUCGCUGUCAACCUGAGUUUCGCGCUCAUGGGCGUCGCGGCGUUUGCCGUCAUGGGCCACAUGAUCCUAGCCGACUUCAGGUAUGCGGCCAGUGAAGCAAGGUCUAAGCUGCUUGCCGAGAUGGAGGCGUGCACCCACGAGUACACCAAGAACAGAUGCGCGCCCAAGGUAGACAGGCUGCCGGCGCUAGGUGUAGUGUGCGACGAGUGGGAGAUUUGCAUGAACCAGGACCCGGAGAAGAUUAAGAGCCUUGCUAUAUCGUCAAAACAGAUGGCCAUCACUAUCAAUGAAUUCUUCAACGUUCUCAGCUUCAAGGCAUGGGGCUUCAUCCUCUCUCUGAUUAUUAUAUUCCUCCUCGCGAAUAAUCUGGGCCACAGCAAGUUCCGCCAGUCCAUGGCUUCCGAGGUCAAAUCACAUCAGCCCAGCGCCCCAGCGCCAUCGCAGCACCUGUUCCCACCAUCGCAGGAUCCGAAGCAGGCCUUUAUCUGGGCACCGGUAACGCCCAAAAAUCUUCGACGAGGGAUUUUUCUCAAAGACGACGCUUCGGAGACGGAUGAGUCGCCGCAGUCUGAUGUCAAGGCUAUCAUGCCAGCACAGACGCCAUCGAGCCGGAGGAGUCCCAGCAAGGGUGAGCGCGAUCGCGAUCGUGAUAGAGAUAGGUUUCGCUCCUAUAGCCCGAGCAAGAGGAGCCCGACUAAGCUCUAUUGA